GGAAGCAGCAGGACUCAGAGAGCUCUCCAGCCCAGCUGCAGGUCCCUCUGCUACCCUGUGGGGAGGGGUUGCCUUCGCAUCCCUUGCACUUGACUGCCAAGAAAUCACCGUAGAGGAAGGGGUUACACUUGCUGCUUUGUCUGAUCUCAGCUGAGCAGAACUUUCCGCCAGAAUGCUCCUCCUGCUACUGGGCAUCAUUAUCCUCCACGUCGCCGUGCUGGUGCUGCUGUUCGUCUCCACGAUCGUCAGUCAAUGGCUCGUGGGCCAUGGAUAUGCAACGGACCUCUGGCAGAACUGCAGCGCUUCUAACACGGGCAACAUCCACCACUGUUUCUCGUCGUCCGCAAAUGAAUGGCUGCAGUCUGUCCAGGCCACCAUGAUCCUAUCCAUCAUCUUCAGUGUCCUGUCUCUGUUCCUGUUCUUCUGCCAGCUCUUCACCCUCACCAAGGGAGGCCGGUUUUACAUCACUGGAAUCUUCCAAAUCCUUGCUGGGCUGUGUGUGAUGAGCGCGGCAGCCAUCUUCACUGUGAGGCACGCAGAGUGGCAUCUCAACUCUGACUACACCUAUGGCUUCGCCUACAUCCUGGCCUGGGUGGCCUUUCCCCUGGCCCUACUCAGUGGCGUGGUCUACGUGAUCUUGCGGAAACGUGAAUGAGGCACCCAGACAGGCCCUCGGAGGCUCUGAGCAGAUACAGAAAAGGGAGGAAGGAAAUCCGAAACAAGGGGGAAAAAGCUACCCAAAACAACCCAAACUCAGCCCAAACCAAACCAAACCAAAAGUAGUUGGAGGAGGGGGGUGUUACUGUUGAUCAAAGAUGUAUAUAAUAUCUACGGUUUAUAAAACCUAUUUAUAACACUUUUUACAUAUAUGUACAUAGUAUUGUUUGCUUUUUAUGUUGACCAUCAGCCAUGUGUUGAACCUAAAGGAGUAUCUAAUGAACUUUAAAUCCUAAUAGUAUAAUCAAGCUCAGUAUUUUUGUUUUGCCUGGAAAUAAAACAAUAACUCAAUCUCGCCCUUUCCCUUUCAUCAGAAUGGGGGAAAAAAAAGAAAGAAACCUUCCUCCCAUACCACCUCAUUUAAAAAACCAGAGCGGGGACCCUAACCCCAGUGGCCAAGAACUCUUUUCCUGUGGGCCACCCAGUGCCUGGACAGCCUGGCCCUCCGUGCGUUGUCUUACACACACGCACACAACUCCCUAAACCGGAGCCCUCGGUACAAACACAGCUGCGGCUCUGGAACACUCCCCCUGUGGGUGGAUGUUUCCACUACACAUCUAAUGGAGAAAUCGGUGACAACAACCUGUGAAAUGGUGCUAUGUAUUUACCAUUCCUUAUUACCAAUAAUCAUCUAAACGACUCACUGGAAACUCAAUUAACAACUUCACAGCAUCAAGUAGGAUGGAGUCCUACCUAAUUUUGUGUAAUAGAAAUGGUUUAUAACCCCCUUUGUACCUCGCUAGGCUGCUGUUAUACUAUUAUGAAUAAACAACUAAGCAAAGCCUUGAUGGCUCCCACAGUUUCCUUGGGUCGGAGCAUCAGGACACGUCUCUGGACCUCCUGGGGCAUGAGCUUCUCAGGCUUGGCUGGGUCUAGACUGUUCUCUUCCUCCAAGGACUGUCUGGCAAUGACUUGUGUUGGUCACCGACUGUAGCUGUAUAUACGGUGCCCUUCAGAUGCCAAGACUCCAGACCUUUCGGUUUUGUUUUACUUUGGCUUUGCUUUUUCUGAUUUUAUACCAACUGUGUGGACUAAGAUGCAUUCAAAUAAACAUCAGAGUAACUCA